AAACAAUGGAUAUAGAAGAAAUAGGCAGCGAUUCUAUUCAUACUUCAGAAUUACAUGACAUGGAAGUCGACGAAAUAGACCAAGACUCAUAUUCAGCACUCUUGUCAGAAACUAAUCCACAUUCGGAAACCAACCU